AUGAAUCCGACUGAUUACCAUGUCGGAUGGAUCUGCGCGCUCCCCAUAGAGGAGGCUGCGGUUUUGGACAUGCUCGAUGAGCAGUACCACCACACCGUCCAACAAGCAAAACAUGACCAGAACAAUUAUAUCUUGGGCCGGAUCGGUGCCCACAAUGUCGCAAUUGCUUGUCUGCCUCGAGGAGUCAAGGGUCAUACUUCAGCCACGGUUGUGGCGACACAGAUGCGUUUCACAUUUUCCUCCAUCCGAUUUGGGCUCCUUGUGGGCGUAGGCGGUGGUGUUCCUACAGCGCAGCAUGAUAUCCGACUCGGAGAUGUCGUCGUAAGCAGUCCAACUGGGAAAGAUGGUGGUGUCGUCCAGUAUGACUUUGGCAAAACGUUCCAUCAAGGUCACUUUGUUCGAACCGGUUCACUCAAUCGUCCUCCGGAUGUAUUAUUGAAUGCAGUCUCAAGCCUGGAAGCGCGACAUGCAAGCCAAGGAUCUCAGACGGGUGCCAUCCUCGGAGCCAUCCUCAGGGAAGUUAUGUUGCGAAAUCCUUCCAGAGAAAGUGCCUGCACUUAUCUUGGUAGCGACAAGGACGAAUUGUUCGAAUCUUCAUAUGUCCAUCCCGACGCGGACAGCGCAUCAUGUGACGCUUGUGACCGUCGCUACCUGAUAAGACGGUUCGGGCGUUCCAGAAAUGACCCAGUCAUACACUAUGGCUUGAUUGCCUCAGGCAAUCAAGUAAUCAGAGAUGCGAUCAUGAGAGACCAGCUUAGUGGAGAACUAGACAUCCUCUGCUUUGAGAUGGAGGCUGCCGGCCUGAUGGACAAUUUCCCGUGCUUGGUUAUCAGAGGUAUUUGCGAUUAUUCCGACUCGCACAAGAAUAAGCGAUGGCAAGAGUAUGCAGCGGCCACCGCUGCUUCCUAUGCUAAAGAACUCUUGUCAGUCAUCGCACCUGCACCAUCAUUUGAAAUGAAGGACCCUAAUUUCGGGUGUGACUUUGGACCGAGAGCCAGCUGGCAUUUUGGUCGAGCCCAAGGAUUUCAGUCGCUGUGGUUCAGGGAAAUGGGCGCUCGCCGAGACAACAUCGGUCGUGCAGCCGAUGGGACGUGCUCCUGGCUGGAAAAUGACUGGUAUUACCGAGAAUGGACUAGGCAGAAUCAUGGCCUACUCUGGAUCACAGGAAAUCCAGGCGCGGGGAAGUCGGUGCUACUCGAUACGCUCGUAAGUACCAUUGAAAGAGAAGCAGCAGACACCGAUCUCAUUGUGGCUUCGUUCUUUGUUCACGGUCGCGGAUCGCAGAUGCAAAGAACUUCUAUCGGGCUAUAUCGCUCAAUUCUUCAUCAGAUCCUGUCCAAAGCCAAGCCUCUGUUGUCAAAAUUUUCCAAAAUUUUUCUCUCAAAGCAAGAAAACCAGGGUGAAUAUGGACAAGCUUGGACAUGGCAUGAAAAGGAGAUACUUGAAUUCCUCAAUUCUCGGGUAAAGAGAUACACUUCGACCUGCCCCAUCAGGUUGUUUGUGGACGCUCUGGACGAGUGCGGUGAAGAGGCGGCGAGAAACUCUCGGCUGAGCUUUGGCAAUUGA